AUGCAAUUUAACUAUGAAUUUACUUCUACAGGAUCGUUUUUUGGAGCAAAAAACUCGAACAUAACGAUACGAAUGGAUAGACACAAUGUGGUGCUGGUUGCUCCAGAAUGUUGGUGUCCAACCGAUAUUAUACAACUCUUCAGAGCCAUUUCAAUAUUUGGCAUUGCAGCACAUACCGUCUGCAUGGACGCAUCAAUUUUUGAGAUGAUCACCGCGGGUAUCUCCACCAUAUUGAUACAAGAUCGAUUUUCAUUACGUGACGAGUUUAUGAAUCGGCUACGAUUUUUACCACAUUUAAGAGAGGUGGUCAUUGCUUGUGUUCGUUGUUGCUGUUUUCAGCUCACACUGAACGUUCCACUGAAAGAGCUGCGUUGUUUAUCGCGAAUUUCUGGCUAUGGCCUAUGUCCCGAACGAAUCUUCGAAAGACGUGCACUCAGCAUUUGUCGUCUAUGUUUACCGUCAACAAAUCGUCCGAGUCCAGCAUCCGAUAAAAACAAGAUUUCCAAUCGCUCGAUCAAUGGACACGUGAAUACGUUCAAAAGAUGGAUAGAUGCGACAUCUCUUAAAGAACGAUACUGUCAACACUACUAUUGA